AUGUCGACCUUCGGCCACGCCUUCAAGGUUACGACCUACGGCGAGUCUCACUGCCGCUCAGUGGGAUGCAUCAUUGAUGGCUGCCCACCCGGCAUGGAGCUCACCGAGGCCGACAUUCAGCCUCAGAUGACCCGCCGCCGCCCCGGCCAGAGCGCCAUCACCACUCCUCGCAACGAGAAGGACCGCGUCGAGAUCCAAUCUGGCACCGAGUUCGGCGUCACCCUCGGCACCCCGAUCGGUCUGCGCGUGCUCAACGAGGACCAGCGGCCCAAGGAUUAUGGCAACAAAACCAUGGACCUCUACCCUCGCCCCAGCCAUGCCGACUGGACCUACCUGGAAAAGUAUGGCGUCAAGGCCAGCAGUGGUGGUGGCCGCAGCUCUGCCCGUGAGACCAUUGGCCGUGUGGCUGCCGGAGCCAUCGCCGAGAAGUACCUCAAGCUCGCUUACGGCAUCGAAAUCGUCGCCUUCACCUCCUCAAUUGGUGCCGUGCACAUGUUCCCGCCCACUCCCGAGAUCCCUUCGCCCAGCCAGAACCCCGAGUUUCUCAAGAUGAUCGAGACCAUCGACCGCGAGACCGUCGACAAGUUCCUGCCCGUGCGGUGCCCCAGCCAGGAAGCGUCGGACAGAAUGACCGAGUACAUUGCCGACUUCAGAGACCGCAACGACAGCAUUGGAGGCACAGUCACCUGUGUCAUCAGGAACGUUCCCAGCGGCCUGGGUGAGCCCUGCUUCGACAAACUCGAGGCGUCCCUGGCGCAUGCCAUGCUCAGCAUUCCGGCCACCAAGGGCUUCGAGAUUGGCUCCGGCUUCGGAGGGUGCGAGAUCCCUGGCUCUAUCCACAACGACCCCUUCAUCAAGUCUACUGCUGUCCACGGACCCGAGACCGGUGCUGCGAGAAAUGGCAUCCCGCGCCCCAAGCUCACCACCAAGACCAACAACUCUGGUGGUAUCCAGGGAGGCAUCUCGAAUGGUGCACCCAUCUACUUCCGCGUGGGAUUCAAGCCAGCGGCUACUAUCAGUCAGGAGCAGACCACAGCGACCUACGACGGCGAAUCUGAAGGCGUGCUUGCUGCCAAGGGCCGCCACGACCCCUGCGUUGUUCCGCGCGCAAUCCCAAUUGUCGAGUCCAUGGCCGCCCUGGUCGUCAUCGAUGCUCUGCUGCAGCAGAUGGGUCGUCACGAGGCUAGGAGACAACUACCGCCUUUGAAACAGACACUUGAGCCGUCCGACAACGGGGUUUCGAUGCAGACCGAAUGA